AAAACCAGCGGCAUGACCGUGGUCCGUGGAGACGCUGAUGUGAUUUCGCACUUGCAGUAGGAAUUUGUAAAAGUCGAGGGUUUUGGGUUUUUGGUGGUUUUGGGACUUUGGGAUUUGAGUUGGGGAAGGUGGGUUUUGGUUUAGAAGAACAAAAUAUCAGUGGUGGAAGAAGAAGAAGAAGAAGAUGUGGUACCUGUGCGUGUUCUACCACAGGUUGUUGGACUACAGGAAAGCCGAGGUCGACUCUCUUGCACAUCUCUUUGGAGCAUUUGGUACAGAAGACCCACAUAACCAAAACCAUUGCUUGGAGUGGAGGCUUCCUCUCCACCACCACCCAGAUUCACCUUUCCAUUUCGUCAAUCUUCCUUCUGAAGAUCUUGCACGCAAAAUUGCCAAUCGGAGUAUACUUGUGAAAGGAAUGUAUGAACUUUGGGGAGAAGGAAGCAGCUAUGAGGAGCUGGAAGCAGCUAUAAGAAACUAUCCGGAGGAGCGCAAACUGCCUUACUUGGAUUCAGGAAGCACUUUCAAGAUUAAUGUUGAUAGCUUUGGGAAGGUACUCAGCCUUGACGACCAGAAUCAGCGCAUUCAGGGGCUCAAUUACAUCGCUUUUAAGGGUCGAGUUAAUUUGAAAAAUCCAGAUCACAAGUUUUGGCUUAUGGAAACUGAUGAUUAUGGGUCUAAUAAUGGCCUUCCACCAAUUGUUCAUAGGAGAAUCUUCUUUGGUCGAGAAGUAGGCGGUGCUGACAGAAAGCUCAUACCAACUUAUCAGCUAAAAAGCCGCAAGUAUCUUGGCCCAACCGCAAUGGAUGCAGAAAUGGCUUUCUUAAUGGCCAAUCAAGGGCUGGCUACAUCAGGGAAGCUUGUCUAUGACCCUUUUGUUGGUACUGGGAGCAUUCUUGUUGCCGCAGCCCAUUUUGGAGCAAUGACAAUGGGUGCAGACAUUGACAUUCGGGUGGUACGUGAUGGCCGUGGUCCGGACUGUAAUGUCUGGAGCAAUUUCAAACAGUAUGGAUUACCUAUGCCAAUUACUUUGUUAAGGGCAGAUAAUAAUCUUCCCCCUUGGCGUCCUGAAUUGAAAGAGAUUUUUGAUGCCAUUAUCUGUGACCCUCCUUAUGGAGUUCGUGCUGGAGGACGCAAAUCUGGAGGCCGGAAAUUGCUAAAGGGAGCUGUGAGCCCUUAUACAGUUCCUGAUGACAAAAGGACAGACCACAUACCAUCAACUGCACCUUACUGCCUUGCUGAAUGUGUUCAUGAUUUGCUUGACCUUGCUGCGAGGAUGCUUGUGAUGGGUGGCAGGCUUGUGUUCUUCUACCCUGUGUUGAGAGAAGAUGAUUAUGUAGAGAAAGAGAACAAUUUCCCAGAGCACCAAUGUUUCAAAUUGAUUUCCACUUCUGAGCAAAUCCUGAGCUCCCGUUACAGCAGAGUAUUACUGACCAUGGUUAAGACAGGUACAUACACCGAAGAAAUUGCAGAGGCAGCUAGGAUAAAGCAUAUAGAGUUCAAGGAGAACCAUUUAAAGUGGUUAGAAGAGGGUAAUCUUCAUUCUGCUGUUUUCAGUCCUGCUGAUGCUCCUUCAGCUGUGGCGCCCGAAGGGAAACUUAACAAAGAACCAAAGCCAAAGUACAGGGGAAAAUAUGUAUAGACUUAAUGCUGGGCAAUAUGCAGAAGCUAUCACAGUUCUGUCCCUCAUCUUCUAGGAAUAUCCAUGUAUUUCUCAUCUGCAGAAGAGAGAGCUUUUAUAGCUCCAGGUGAAAGCUGAUUUAAUAUUGUUGUUUUUUUACUUUUGGGUUAUAUAGAGUUAUCAGACAGACUGACUAGCCCCUCAAGAAGCUUAACUCUCAAAUUUCUGUAUCAGCUUUACAUCCUAGAAGAUUUUUAUGUUUCAUUUAAUUUUGUUGCUAAUAAUUAUAUUUCUUAUGAAA